UCUUAGUUUUAUUUUUUCAUACAUUCAACAGUUGGCCAGGUGCAUAGGAUGAUAUAUAAGAAGGCCCAGCACAGAUUAAACCACAGAUGGAACCAGGUAUGUGAAAGUUCAAAUGUAAACGUUUUUUCCACCUCUAUUUGUUGAAACGGCGUCUACGUUCAGAACACAUUUUAACAUUAUUUUAAACAUGGAAAUGUUUGUGCUACAUCAUUAUUUUAGACGUUAACAAAGAUGUUCACAGCCAAUAUGGCAAAUCACAAAUGUGGUCUAAACGUAGAAAUUAUCACUUUUGAACCAAUUUUCAUCGUCGCCCAAAGACAUCUUCUAAGGCCUUAAACAAGGGGAAAAUAAACUGUGGAAUUAAAACAGCAGAAAAACAACAUGAAGCAGUUGGUUUACAUUUAUGUCUGUUUGUUUUGUGUUUGUAGCCCAAUAAUUUAAAACUUUGAAUAGAUUUUUAACAAGAUCCGGCUUUGUGUUAAACCCUCAUUUAUAGAUGUUUCAAAACCCUUGUAUGUAAACACCCUCUGGUUCAUCACCAGGGGUCCGUUCCAAGAAGCAGGUUUAGUGGAAACUCAGAGUUUGUUAACCCUGAGAUGAGGGAAACUCUGGGUUAUCUGUUUCAAAAAGGGAGGUAACUAAACCUCAGGGUCAGUUGCUAUGGUAACUGAGUCUGCCUAACCUGGUCGGGAGCAGGUUUUCUUCAAUAAACCUUGAGUUUCUUUCACAGUCUCCUCCCACUGACACCAGCCCAGCCAAUGACAGAGCACUCUCAUUUCCUUAUUCAUUCAAUUACGCGUAUUUUAGCCCAGUUUCCACAUAUGAACAAAAUAAGAUUGUUUAUGACAUCUGUUACAUUAAAGACUUAAGUCAGUAUCAUACUUUACAGUUUUUGCUUUUAACAUGCAGCAACUUAUUUGGGCCCUCCUGUUUACACACCACAACUGAAUUCUGCUUUUCCCGUAUCCAAUUUGUAUUUAACCCCCUUAGCUUAAAAAUGAUAUAUUCAAUAUGAAAUGGGAAAGGCAAUAAUAUUGUAUAAGUACAGCAACACACAUUAAAUAAUCUGCAAUGUUUUUUUUGUCCAGGUAAAGUUAAGGUGCAGCAUGCUCCAAGCUUGCCUGCUAAUUAGCAAACUACCUGCAUUGACGCUAACUAACAUUUAGUUUACUAGAAAGAGGAGCCUAGAGCCCCUAUCAAGUGGACAGCACAAGUAAAAUAAAUACUGCUUAUAGUUUGCUUCAUUAAACACUACUUAUUUAGUACAGAGUGUAUGGAAAGUAUUCAGACCCCUUUACCUAUUUUUACUCUUUGUUACUUUGCAACCAUUUGCUAAAAUCAGAAAAGUUAAUUGUAUUUAACCUUAUGUUACAACAGAACACGUUGUCAACAAAUUGCCAUUUUUUGACACAUGGAUGUUGGAACCACAUUUUGAUGCUGCAAUAAGCUAAUUUAGACCUUUUAGACCUCAUUGAAACGCUGAUGCUCAGGAGGAACAGAAAGACUCCUCAUCUCUGCGGCCUUCUCUUCCGAUCUAACGGGGAAGCUGCCUGUGGUUGAGCCUUCUAGAGCCGCCUCUCGGCUAAGGUGCUGCGCUCUGUAGACACAGCAGACAUUUAUAAGCUCGUCCUGUCGCGUGAGUCGCAAUGUGUCACUGUUUGGUGGGGCAUUAUGACAUUAUUUUUUUGGGGUUAUCUGUCUAAGUGACAUUGGCUGCUCUUGGAGUAAAACCCUGAAAGCCGAUGUGUUUUGUAAUGUUGAUGUCGCCCAGGACGGACGGAUGGAUGCUUAUAUGAGAUAAGCGUCGUCCUCCCAUUCUCCACCACCACCCUGCUGCAGCGCCGAGAACCAUCCAGAACACCGGAAUACAGGGAUUUAACAUUUGAUUUGGCCAGUGAGCCCACUUUUAUUUCUAUAUAUCCACACAAAAGGGAUGUGAGCUAAACUCGCGGAGGAGCUGUUUCGUGCGUCGACGCGCCGAUGCUCUGCCAGAAGUGAGCAUGGCCACCGGGAAGUUACUGCUCUAUGCCGGGCUCUCUCUUUCCCUCUGCGCCCUGGCCAUGCUGGCCGUGGCGAUGUGGUCCGACCACUGGUACGAAACGGACGCCAGGAGGUACAGGGAGCGGUGCCGAAGCUUCUCCAGCCGCCGCAAGGACCCGGGCUUCAUCUACAUCCCCAACAACAGCCUGCCGCUGCGGGCCGGCCGGAGCAGCGCGCCCCGCGGGGAGGGGAAGCUGCUGCUGGCCCGGAGUCGGAGGCAGCUGUUAGCCGUCAGCGCCGCGGAUGAGUGCAGCAGGCGGUACAACUCGACCAACACGGGGCUGUGGAGGAAAUGCCACCGGCUCGGCUUCGACCAAGAAAUGGACGACCACAUCCGGAAAGGUUCCAUUUUGAGAUGCUCCUACGUCAAGUAUCACUACUCAUCCGGUACAAUACCCAAAAACCUCUCCUUCAACAUCACCAAGACAAUAAGGCAGGAUGAGUGGCACUCACUCCACUUAAGGCGAAUGACCGCAGGGUUCAUGGGCAUGGCGGUGGCCAUCAUCCUGUUUGGUUGGCUCAUUGGCGUGCUCGGCUGCUGCUGGGACAGAGGUCUCAUGCAGUAUGUGGCUGGCCUCCUCUUCCUCAUGGGAGGAACUUUCUGCAUAAUCUCCCUUUGCACCUGUGUUGCCGGGAUAAACUUUGAGCUGUCACGUUACCCUCGUCACCUAUACGGCCUAACUGAUGACAUUGGCCACGGCUAUGGCUGGUCCAUGUUCUGCGCCUGGGGAGGCCUCGGCCUCACCCUCAUCGCUGGAUUCUUCUGCACCCUGGCUCCUUCAGUCCAACCGAUACCCCGAUCCACCUGCUCCAAAUCCCGAUCGGAGAACGGCACUGUCUGCUAAAGAUGACAACUGUUGGAAGACUAACUGAAACCAGAUUGGCAACGACAAACUGGAAAACUAUUCCUUGUUUCCUUCCACUCGUCUCUAAAAUUAUAUGAAUCUCCACUCUCUUUUUUGAUUUGUGCGUUUUAAAAAUGGGUGUCUUGAUAAUAUGCUAUCAUGAAAAAACAAAAAAAAUAUCCUCAGAACUGUA